AUGUAUUCGCCGACUUCAACUGAACGAAUUUUUUCUUAUGGGGUGACCGACAUUUUAUUAUCUAUCUAUCUAUCUAUCUAUCUAUCUAUCUAUCUAUCUAUCUAUCCCUUCAUUCUAGUCAUAUCUAUCUCAGUUCAUAUCUAUCUAUCUAUCUAUCUAUCUAUCUAUCUAUCUAUCUAUCAUACCUACGGCGAUAAUGGAUAUCGCUUAAACUUUUGUUCCAACACAAUAUCUAUCUAUCUAUCUAUCUAUCUAUCUAUCUAUCUAUCUAUCUAUCUAGCCAGGUCUGUUCAUUUUCUAUCUAUCUAUCUAUCUAUCUAUCUAUCUAUCUAUCUAUCUAUCUAUCUAUCUAUCUAUCUAUCUAAGCCUGGUCAUCUAUCUAUCUAUCUAUCUAUCUAUCUAUCUAUCUAUCUAUCUAGCCAGCUAUCUCUUCAUUAUAUAUCUCAAUCUCUUCAUUAUCUCUUUCUCCUUAUUAAACUCUCUAUUCUAUUCUAUCUCCGCUCCACCUUUCUCUAUCUAUCUAUUUUCAACAGUCUGUUCAUUAUCUCUUUCUCUUCAUCUCUCUCUCUCUCUCUAUCUAUCUAUCUAUCUAUCUAUCUAUCUAUCUAUCUAUCUAUCUAUCUAUCUAUCACUCCCUUUUUCUAG